AUGUUGCGAAGGUCGGUUCGUCGAUUUGCGCUGUCGAUAUCGUUGUUAACGAAUGGAUCGCAAAUGCAGCGUAAUGUAUCGCGUAAAGCUCAGUCAGGAAUAAAAGUUAAUGGGAGAGACAGUCUGGAAAAUUUGGAUGGGCUUGUCGUUAAUCAGGAUCAUGGUGUCCAGAAAGUUUUACAUCUGUCAUCAUCUUCGCAAAAUUAUUUUAUUGCACCAAAUCGCAUUUUUCACCUGGAUUUAAAAGGCGCAGCACCAAAAAUGGACUAUUUAUUAAAACUUGUUCCAUUUAUCAAACAAAUUGGAGCAACAGGAAUAAUGAUUGAAUAUGAAGAUAUGUUUCCAUUUACAGGCAAACUAAGUGGGGUAAAAGCUAGUAAUGCAUACACUUUGGAUGAAUUACGUCGUUUUCUUCGUGCAAUCCAGACACAUAAUUUGGACAUUAUACCUCUUGUUCAAACAGUAGGUCAUCUGGAAUACAUUUUGAAAUACCCUGACUUCUCUAAAUAUCGCGAGGAGGAACGGUAUCCACAGGUCAUUUGUUUGACGGAUGAAGGAGCAGUUGAUUUGGUUCAAGAAGCACUGAGACAAAUAUUGAAUUUACAUAAAGAUUUUACCAUGAAAUAUUUCCACAUUGGAGCAGAUGAGGUUUUUCAGAUCGGUCGAUGUGAAAAGGACAGAAGUUACAUGAUAGACAAUAAUGUUGAUACCGAGUUCUUGCUCCUCAAGCACAUUGCGAGAAUAGCGAAAUUUGUUAAGGCUCAAGUUCCAAAGAAAAAAUUAAGUGUAUUGAUUUGGCACGAUAUGCUAGUAAAUUUACAAACACAAAAUGUCUUGAAGCAUGGUUUGAGUAAAUUGGUCGAGCCAGUAGUAUGGAAUUAUAUGGAAAAUUUGGAUGACCAAUUGUUGCCUGAUUUUUGGCAGCGAUUAUCUUCAGUGUUUUCAUAUGUCUGGGGAGCUUCUGCUUAUAAAGUUGAGUUUUCAAAAAUGUUAUUUGUACUCAUUUUAGGUGCCGAUGGCCCAGAUCAGUAUGCUUCUAAUGUUCAGCAUUACUUGAAUAAUCAUAUAAGUUGGCUGAAGCAGAUGAAUGAACAUCAUUCCAAAUUCAAGCAGUUUCGAGGUAUCAUUGUAACUGGCUGGCAAAGGUUUGACCAUUUCGCCAUCAUAUGCGAAGUUAUACCAGUUGGUCUUCUUUCUGCUGCUGUAAACAUGGCUGUUUUGAAAAGUGGCCAGUACGGUUCUGAGGGGGUCCACGUUUUCCAUGCUGUUCAGACAUUGCAUUCUACAAUCAAUUCAGUUGAAGAGCAAGUUUUCAAUGAUUAUCAGGUUCGUGGGUGGAUAGCAAGAUUCAACGAAAAACACUUGUACACACAAGCUUGGUAUCUUGAUCAAGUAUUAUACAAGGUUAAGUCGUUCCUUCGUGAAAUGGAGGUUUGCGAGCAGAAUAUCAGGACUGAAAUGCAAACCGUUUUCUACAAUGACACAGUAGCUGAAUUCGUUUACGUGUACGUAAAGCCAACACUGAAACGUCUAGAAGAAUUGUCACAGCGAAUAGAUAAGCUUUCGGAGCUUCGUGCCUUCCCGAGACGACCUUUCACUGUGCAGGAGUUUUAA